AUGUCGCCUCCGCCUCCUGCUCCUCCACCGGCCGGCAAGGACGAAGGACGGCGGAAAGCGAGCGGCUUCCCCUACUGGCUGGAUGUGCAGACUCGCUGGUCAGACAAUGAUCAAUAUGGGCACGUCAAUAAUGCAAUGUACUACCAUGCAGCCGAUGCUGCGAUCAAUGACCUUCUAGUCUCUCAUUGCUCACUACAGCCCUACCGCCAGCCCACUGAUCCGCCCCUGGCGGACCCCAGUCUAGACUGCCUAGGCCUUAUGAUCUCUACCUCAGCAAUCUACUUCGCUCCAGCCACCUUUCCCUGCCUCCUUCGCGUAGGCCUCAGGGUCAUCAAGAUUGGCUCAUCAAGCGUGCUCUUUGAGCUAGGCAUGUUCGAGCUGCCGUCCCCUUCCAAAGGCAGGUCGCUCCCGUUCCAAGCGGCUCAAGGUGCAGAGGGCGAUGCCUCUAUCAACCCUCCGCCCAGACUGGACCCCAAUGCUCUCGCUGGAACACUGACCAGAGCCACACACGUCUACGUGGAUAGAGCCACACGGCGACCCCUGAAGCCGAUGCCGAAGCCCAUCAGCGACGGACUGAGGAGCGUGUAUGUCAAAGAGUGGUCAGAAGACAGCAAAGACAAGCCAAAGCUGUAA